AUGACUCUCCCUCCUCCCCCUCCGCCUCCCGGUCUCAAUUACAUCGCUGUGAUAUCGCCGGUACUGCGUAGCGUACUCCUUGGUCGCUCUUUUUUAGUUCUUCUGCCGCUGGUGUAUGGGCUCCUAUUUUUCUCCACUCCCAAGACGCGUCGCCAGCCCGUGUUUGUCCUCAAUGUUUUCAAUAUUUGCUUGGCGGUCGCGGUCGGAAUUACGCUUGACUAUCGCGGUGUCCGGCUUACCCUGGACCCUUUGUCAAACUUCGGAUACCCGUUCGAUCUGUCGAUUAGUAUCCUGGGCAUUAUCCAAUCACUGCUCAUCAAUGUCGGCCGGGCAAUUAACCUUAUUUUGCUGAGCAAGACGCUCGUUGCGUUGGGCUCCGGCCCGAAUGCAGGAGCCAUCAUCCUGCAAAAGUGGGCUCACGCUCCGUAUACCAAGCUCGAGUGGUUCCGACAGCUUAUCGACGUGAGGUGA